AUGACAUUGACUAUGCACAAAUCCCGGAACCUGAUUAUCCUAAUCAGUCCACAACCACAUUUUGUGAUAGUUCUUUUUCUAUUCAUUUUACUAAAAACCAAUUUGUCCAGCCACGUGGUACGAUCGCAAAAAUCUUCCCGUUCCACCCGAACCAGCUCGGAUCAGUUUCGUGUGAAUUUCAAUCUGCCAGACGAAUUGCCCGCGAAUCAUUUUAUCGGAAACAUUCCAUCCCAAUUGCCAAUUUUCCCGUUUCGUACGGAAAUGGAUUUGAGUGUGAGCACCACACUGAUCGAUAAGUUCAAUUUGGCCUCCCGUCUGUUACGCACGACGGACUCGGGAGAUUUGUACACUUUGGCCGCAAUUGAUCGGGACAAUCGGGAACAGUUGUGUGGCCCGUUAAAUUGUUGUCGACUAAUCGUGUGCAAUUUCACCGUGGACGUGUUAUUCGUGCAUCCGAAACUGAACGAUGUCACCGUGCAUGUGAGCUUGCAAAUGCAUGAUUCCAAUGAUAAUCGACCACAGUUUGCUCAGCCAACCUAUUCGCUGUGGAUUGCCGAAGACAAUGGUUUGAUGUCCAGAGAAGAACAACGUGCAACGAGACAGUUGUACGAGGUGCCAGCCGCUCACGAUCUGGACUCAGAUCCGAACGGAAUUGUUCAAUACAGGUUGACCGGACACCCGAUAGCGGUUUCCACAUUCCAACUCUACAGUAACGUAUCUCAAGGACAGCUCAGUUUGGGUGUACGUUCCGGAGUCACACUGGAUUAUGAGACACUGGGCGAGCGUAUUUUCAAACUGACAAUUGAGGCUAUAGACGGGGGUCAACCGGCUCAUACCACACAGAUGUUAUUGAUCAUUCAUGUCACAGACUUGAAUGACAAUCGUCCGGUGUUUGAUAAACCUACUGACAGUAUUCAAUUGGCCGAGAACAGUGUUCCAGAGAAACCGAUAUACGUCGUUCACGCCACCGAUGCCGAUUCGGAUGAUAACGCCCUGAUUCGAUACACGUUUGCAUUGGGCAAUCCGAACGUGCCACUGACCCUGCUAGAUCACUUCAGUUUUCAUCCCACCACAGGACAACUGCGAUUACGUAAAGCUUUGGAUUAUGAAAUCUAUGCUCAGCGACAUAUUGAGCUACGUUUCGUCGCCCAGGACGCGGGCAGUCCACCAUUGUCAUCCACUAUGAAACUGAUGAUCCGGGUCACCGAUGUGAAUGAUAAUGCACCACAACUUGUGGUACAAACCAAUCGUACAAUUCUGGAACAUACCGGGCCCGGACAAUUGGCUCUACGGUUGAUGGUUCGCGAUUUGGACGAGAUAUCUCGACAAACUGUGUGUUGUGAAGCCAACCCGAAUCAGUCGGUGCCGCUGCGUCUGGAAGCCUCGUCAGACGGCACAAUUUUCAGUAUUUUCACCACAAGUAGCAUAGACCACGAACAGUACCCGCAGUUGCAAUACGGAUUGACCUGCGUUGAUAGUGCUGAACCAAGACAGAUUAUUCAAUUCACACUCACAGUCGACAUAGAGGAUAUAAAUGAUAAUGCUCCGAUUUUUCGAUUCCCAGUAAACUCCGGGUCUUCGGAUCAGUACAAUAUCACGGUAAGUGAAGGUGAACCUGUGAAUAAACUGAUCCUAAUUGUCACCGCCGAGGAUGCGGACAGUGGCGAAUUCGGCAAAGUUACCUAUAGUUUGUUUGACGUACGAAGACCAACUGGACAUCACAAACCGGAUCGUCCAGUGAUCAGUUUCAAGAAGUAUUUUAAAAUAGAUCCGGAUACGGGGAGCAUAUUUCUGACAAAACGGCUAGACUAUGAGUUGACAGAUAGUAUUCUGUUUGGAGUGAUGGCUAAAGACGGACCGGUGGGACAAGAAAGCGGGCGUAAAACAGCCACUGCUCUGGUCUUGGUCACUAUUUUGGACAUAAAUGACAACGCGCCCCGAUUGGAAAGCGCACAUCAUAUUGAUGUAGUCGAGCAUAGCCCCGUGGGAACCAAUUUGGGAUUGAUACGGUUCUCUGAUCCGGAUACAGGAUCCGGGGGCCAACUGACAGUUCGCGGACUGUUACCCGAUACGAAUAGCGGCGGACUGAAUCAGUCCGUUUCCGAGCUAAUCACUACUCAGGUUUAUCAUAGCGAGGACUAUUUCAAAUUGACAGACGAUCUACAACUGGUCACGAUUCGUACCAUCGAUCGUGAACUGACACCUUGGUUUCUUGUACGAAUUGUGGCCGUGGACCACGGAGAUCCGAUUCAACUGGCCACAACUGCAACUGUGACAAUCAAUGUCAUCGAUAUCAAUGAUCACAGUCCGAUUGUACGCAGUCCGAAACCGAACUCCACUGUCACUCACACUCCGAUCAAUGUGGAUGAUGUGACGAAACUGACACUGAAUCGGAUUCAAUCAGGCAAUACUCUCAGUGUGGAAACUACCUCAAGCGCAAAACUCAUUGACCUCGUUCAAAUGGAUAGUGAAAAUGCAGACCAAAUUUUACAGGCACAUGUAUCCAGUCCGAUAUUGUACCAUAUCCAUGCUGAGGAUGCGGAUGCGGGCGAGAACUCGCGUAUUUCCUACUUUUUACAACCGGGAUGCAAUGGAACGGAAUAUUUUCAUAUUGAACCAACCACUGGCUAUGUACGCAAUCGUUUACGGAGACAGAUGCGCGCAAAAGGUGAACGUUAUCUGACGGCAGAGCAUAUUGCCUGGAUACCCCAAACAGGAUACUAUUUGUUCUGUAUCCGACUAACCGAUCACGGAAAACCACCAUUAAGUAGUAUUUCGAACUUUUGGCUUAAUGUGACCCCGGCCAUAUCAAAAGCAAUGAUCAAUGCAAUGUGGCCAGCUGAUUCAGCCGAGUAUGCUACGAUUGGCAGCUCAACGCAUAUCGAUCGAUGGGCUACAGUGACCGGAUUUGACAGACGGAAUCUGACUGCUUUGAUUGAUCUAGACCCAAUGUGGACUCGGGCAGAUAUCAGNGUGAGUAACAUUGUCAUCUCCUUGAUGGUAGCUGUGUUUGCUCUCACCCUGAUCUGUGCCCUGACAGCAUCUAUUCUAUGGGCACAUUCAAAACAUCGACGACGAAGUCAACUACGUGAUCGAACCACACCGUCGUCGAGGGAGAACACAACCUCGAUUGGACUGCGACAAAGUGUUACACAUGACGAAAUGCUUAAACGCGACUCUGUCCAAAUAGAUGGCGUGAUAGAUCCGUUGUUGAACGAAAAGAACAGCACAAGUUCUGGGGUUAGACUGUCCAUGGAUUAUGGCUGCCCAGAUGCACGUAUUGUUCAAAACCCCUCGCCGCUCAUCUCGGCCUAUAUACCCGGGGACGGAGAGGAGCGGGAGAACAGAGCCGUAGCCGCAGCCACAGCCGCGACAAAAGCGUGUUCCUGUGCACACUCACAACAAUCCGCUACACCACUGUGUGAUUUGAUCCCGAUCACAGACCACCCGCAACUUCGAUGGCAUCCGGCCAGCAUUGCCCUGGCCUCCAGCUGUUUGGCCAGCACAAGUAACACAUUUCCCAAUCCGGUUAUCAGCGAUAUCUGUGCGGUUCGUCUCACUCCGACCUGUUUGGCCGAGUUGGCCACACAGACGGAUAGGAAUUUGCAACACUCUUGCUCACCUCAAUCCUCAUCAUCCCCGGGCCCACGAACGCCGCCACCACCACCACCACCACAACAACAACAACAACAGCAACAAACAUCUAUACUCCCCCGGAGGUCAUCAGCCACCGUGAAUGUGAUCGAGUCUCCCACAUUGUCACUGCUGGACGCACACCCAGUGAAUUCUACUGGUCAUACAGUAAGUUUUUGGUUGUUCUUUCUGUCGUAUGAACAAGGUGUUUCCGUAGAUUCUGAACCCAAAUCGCAUUAA